CUACCAAAAAUGUUUUCAUUUCGAAAACCUCUCCCCUCCUCGCUUCCCUCCUCCGUUUUCCCGGCCCUCUUUUCCCUUUCAUUUUUCAUUUUCCCUUUCAAUUCACCGCUUCCACUUCCAUUGCAUCUUUUAGUUUUGAAUUGAAAGCAUAGCACCAAAGUGCCAAACCCAUUUCUUUCUCACUUGUCAAAUUCCAAUUCACGAACCUACCAAAGACACAGAGACAGAACCCCCCCGCCCCCGAACAAAAAAUGGAUUCUUCUUCUUCUGGUUCCACAUUCUACGACCUACCUCCCCUCAAGAGACUCAGAUUACAACUCCAACAACAACAACAAAACACUCCCUUACCUGCCAAGAAGCGCAAAGAUUCCCGAAACGCUGCGUUUUACGAAAACCUGAACCCAAAUCCAAUCCCUCCUUCCGCCACUGCUUAUUCUUUACCCGCCAAGAAAAGAGUAUGCGCUUUUCAACCCUUCCUCCCACAAAAUGACGCCGUUUCACCCUUCCAAAUCGACCUCAACCUCGAAUACCAAGAAAUCGACAAAAAGCUCCAAUCUCUCCCCUCAUCUCUCCAAAAGCGUCAAGAGCAAUAUCUUGACGGCAACGGUAACGUCAACGAUUGCGAUGAUGUUGACGUUGACGUUGACGACGGGAUUUUAUGCUGUGUAUGCCAGAGCACAGACGGAGACCCUACGGAUCCAAUCGUAUUUUGCGACGGUUGUGACCUAAUGGUCCACGCUUCCUGCUACGGAAACCCGCUCUCAAAGUCAAUCCCAGACGGAGACUGGUUCUGCGAACGGUGUCGUUUCAAAGACGAAGAAGCUGCUUCAGAUGCAUCCUCUGGUUCUUGCUGCUGCUGCUGCCUCUGUCCGGUGACCGAAGGUGCGAUGAAGAAGACAACGGAUAACCGUUGGGCUCACAUCGUUUGCGCGCUGCUGGUGCCGGAGGUGUUCUUCUUGGAUCCUGAAGGGAGAGAAGGAAUCGAUUGUUCUAUGGUUCCGAAGAAGAGGUGGUUGGAGAGGUGCUAUGUUUGUGAUUCUUGUGAUGGUUGUGCUGUUGUGUGCUCUGAGCCAAAGUGCGGUUUGGCGUUUCAUGUUACUUGUGGGAUUAAAGAGGAGCUUUGUAUUGAGUAUAAGCAAGGCAAGAAGGGUGCUACCAUUGUUGCUGGCUUCUGCAAAACCCACACCCAAAUUUGGGACAAGCAACAGCAAUCAGGGAAAUACAAAAUUGUUGCGGUUGAAGAUGAAGUGUAGCAAAUUUGGCAGCUAGGUUUCUUUAACAUUGUUGUUCGUUGACCCCGUUUUUUCUUAGGGAAAAGCAAAGUUUGUUUCUCUUAGAGUUCAAUUGAGUUCUAAUUUAGUUUUGCACUAAACAUGUUUUCUGUGAUGGAUUUCAGUAAUAUAGCAUUUGAAUUAUGAUUAAACUUAAUGUUAUUUGUUCAGUUCCCUCCUUGGUUUG